AUGGAAGAGGAGGAAUACAGGUCUGUUUCGGCUAGUGGAAUAUUGUGGAAGCGUAUGGAUGUAUUCGUAUGCCAGCGCGAGUUUGGUGUGCGCCGUCGGCUGGAGUUUAUUGCGAUUUGUAGGCUGUUACCAAUGUAUGCGCAGCCGGCUGUUAGUAGUCGGCCGAACAGCCAGAAUAUUGCUCGUAUGAGUCUGAAAAUUAGCAUUAGACAGUUUGUAAGGACCAUUGGUCCGAACUUGGCAGAAGGAGGGGGACAAUCACUGUUAGGAUGA